AUGCAACGACAGGUAUUCCUUAUCAUUUGCUAUUCGCUAUUAUAUCAUUGGUGUAUUCAAGAAGGUGAACGAACUAUUGAUUAUAAUUGGAAAUUAUUAAAAGCUCCUCGAUUUUAUUUGGAGAUACCCCAUUUAAGGGAUGCAAAAAAUGGAAGUAAUCAUCGACUUCCACCGCCAUUAAUUGGCCAAGGUUCAUUGAAGCAAAAGUUGGAUCAUUUCGAUAGCAAUGAUAAACGAAAUUGGGAACAAUUUUACACUCAUAGAAAAUCACCAUAUCAAAGUCCUGAUGGUGCGGUAUUUCUGGUAAUUAGUGGCGAAGGUGGAGCAGAUAAUGCUUGGCUAACAAAUCAGGGCUUACCAUAUAUUCAGCUAGCAGAUCAGAUUAAUGCUAGCAUAUUUAUGCUCGAACAUCGAUUUUACGGUAGCAGUCAUCCCACAAAUGACACUUCUAUUGAAAGUCUAAAAUAUCUUAAUGCAAAACAGGCUGUCGAAGAUAUUGAUAGAUUUGUUCAAGAAAUAAAUCAACAAGAGAAAUUAACAAAUCCGAAAUGGAUUACUUUUGGUGGAAGUUAUUCCGGUAAUUUGGCAGCGUGGUCUCGAGCAAAGCAUCCUCAAACUAUCCGAGCAGCAGUAGCAAGUUCAGCUCCUUUACAGGCUAAACUUAAUUUUAAAGAAUUUGAAAGACAGGUUGAAAAAAUUAUUGGUAAGAAAGAUGCUGAAUGUGUCGCGGUGAUACGAAAAUUAUUCCAGAAGAUGCGACAAAUGUCGACAACACUUGAAGGCAGGCGUGAACUUGCGAAGAUAUUUCGAUUAGAUAAUUCAUUAAUUCGGCCAACAGUAUCCUCGAAUGAUAUCGCUAAUUUCUUUCUUGUAAUCAGUAAUUAUAUCAGUUUUAUCGUAAUGCACAGUGGAAUCAAUGUGAAGAAUCAUCGCGAUUCAUUGACCCUAGACGUGAUGUGUCGCAAUUUAACCUAUUCACCAACACUAGAAUCUAUACGAUCACUUAUUGGAAUGAUUAUGAAAUCUCACGGAAAGCCAUCAAAUUCCAUUAUUGAUAUCGGCUACAAUAAUUUUCUCGAUUUCGUGCGUGAUGAACGUUGGAAUACACGCAGGACACAAUCUCGUGCAUGGCUUUAUCAAAAUUGUCAUGAAUUUGGCCAUUUUCGAACCAGCGAAGAAAUAAAUGGUUUAUUUGGUGGUACGCUACCACUAAGGUGCCUUUACAGAUUUUGA